AUGAAGAACCAAAUCUUGAACAGCAUCCGUAGCCUGCAGCUGGGCGGCGACGGCUGCAAGGGCGGCAGCAACCAGGUCUACGCCGUGAGCACCUCCCCCUCCGGGCACGACAAGCCCCACCACCACCAUCACCAUCACCUUCAUCAGAAGCAGCACCACCACCGCCACCGCCGCACCACGUCCCACGACUCCGGCAGCCAUCGCCGAACCAAGUCCUUACCGCCCGCUUCCGUCUACCCCGAGGCCCUCCUCCCCUACGGCCUUCCUUCUGCGGAUCUCAUCGACCCCCCUAUCGAACCGUUCCUCCGCCCAGCCGACCAGGUCUCCGCGCUUGCCUCCUCCUUCCGUCGCCUCUCCACCGCCGCUCCCGACGACCGAUGCGACCUCCACCUCGAGCAGCAUUCCCUCCUCCGCUCCCUGAAUGACCCCAAGCUCCUCCGUCGCUCCCUCUGCUGUGCCCGUCUCCACGCUGGCGAUGUCCACCACAAAAUCGUCCUCUCCGCCUGGCUCCACUUCGACGCUCUGCCGCGUUCUCCUUCAGCCUCCCCCUGCGGCGGCCCAACUCUGGAGUGCCCCCGUGCCGCCCUCCUCCACGGGUACGAUCCCGACUUCGCCGCCGGCCCGUGCCCGUGCCGCCGCACAGCCGACUCCUCCGGCUUUGCUUCCCCAAACCAGCAGCAGGAGGAAAACGAAGGAGAUGUAGCUUUCUUCAUAGGCGACGAAGAGAUCGUCUGCAAUAGGUACAAGAUCGCCGCCCUGUCCAAACCAUUCAGAACGAUGAUGUACGGAGGAUUCAUGGAAUCCCGGGGAGAGAACAUCAACUUCGCCCACAACGACAUAUCCGCGGAGGGGAUGAGGACCGUGGACAUCUUCAGCCGGACGGGCUCUCUGGACGGGUCGCCACUGGAGAUCCUCAUCGAGCUCCUCUCCUUCUCGAACAAAUUCUGCUGCGAGGAACUGAAGUCAGCCUGCGACUCCCGGCUGGCCUCGCUGGUCGCCGGCAUGGAAGAUGCCCUCCUCCUCGUGGAAAACGGGCUGGAGGAGACGGCCACCCUGCUGGUGGGUUCUUGCUUGCAGGUCUUCCUCAGGUUGCUCCCGCAGUCCCUGCGUGACUCCCGCGUCACCCGCCUCCUCUGCACCGGCGAGGGAAGGCGGAAGCUUGCCUCCGCUGGGCAUGCCUCCUUCGCCCUGUACUACUUCCUCAGCCAGGUGGUCAUGGAGGAGGAGAGCAUGAGGUCGAACACCGCCGUCAUGCUCCUGGAGAGGCUCGCCGAGUCUGCGGAGACCGAAUGGCAGAGGCAGCUAGGGCUGCACCAGCUGGGAUGCGCCAUGCUAGAGAGAGACGACUGCGAGGCCGCUCAGGGAUGGUUCGAGGUGGCGGCGAAGGCCGGGCACGUAUACUCUCUCGCCGGCGCCGCCCGGGCCAUGUACAGGCGAGGGAACAGGUACUCGGCCUUCAAGCAGCUCAAUUCUCUGGUCAUGGCUAACGAUCGCGUCGGAUGGGCGCACCAGGAGCGGUCUCUUUACUGCAGCAGCAUGGAGGAGAAGAUGAGGGACCUGAACGACGCCACCAGGCUCGAUCCGACCCUCGUCUACCCGUACAAGUACAGAGCCAUCCUCCUCAUGGAGGACAACAUCAUCGCCGCCGCCAUUGCAGAGAUCAACAAGGUCCUCGGGUUCAAGGUCUCCGCCGACUGUCUGGAGCUCCGGGCCUGGUUCUCCAUGGCCCUCGAAGACUACGGCGGCGCUCUGCGGGACAUACAGGCCCUCAUGUCCUUGGACCCCGAUUACAUGAUGUUCCACGGUAGGGUUCAUGGCGACCGCCUGGUUGAAGCCCUCCAGCGGCUCGUCCAACGAUGGAGCUUGGCCGACUGCUGGAUCCAGCUCUACGACAGAUGGUCUCGCGUGGACGAGGUCGGAUCGCUCGCUGUGCUGCAUCAGAUGUUGGCGAACGAUCCCAGCAAGAGCUUCCUCUGGUUCCGACAGUCUCUUCUCCUAUUAAGGUCAGCCUGGUGAUCAUCCAUCUGUUCAUCCCACUCAUCGGAGACGAAGCCGACAGCACGAGCCAUUCUGCAUGCCCUUCAAACGGCGGGAUCAGAUUUUCUUUUUGUUUUCUUUUACUCCUGCCCUUGCUGUUCUUAAUUUCUCUGACCCAAGUCAUCAAUGGUGCAAUCAGGCUGAACUCCCAGAAGGCGGCCAUGCGCAGCCUGCGGCUGGCUCGAUCCCUUUCGCCGCACGAGCACGAAGGGCUGGUCUACGAGGGGUGGAUGCUGUAUGAAACCGGCCACCGCGGAGAAGCUCUGGCCAUAGCGGAAGAAUCAUUAUCCAUCAGAAGAUCAUUCGAAGCCUUCUUCCUCAAGGCCUACGUUCUAGCCGACGAGAGCCUAAACGCCGAGUCCUCGUCGUACGUCAUCCACCUCCUCGAAGAGGCUCUCAGGUGCCCCUCCGACGGGCUCCGCAAGGGACAGGUGAUCGUCCUUCCCCAGCUCUGCUGUGUCUAGGGUUCCGGCGACUGAGAUUUUCCGGCAGGCGCUGAACAACCUGGGGAGCGUCUAUGUCGACUGCGAUAAGCUGGACCUCGCCGCCGACUGCUACGUCAACGCCAUUAAAAUCCGUCAUACGAGGGCGCACCAGGGCCUCGCCCGCGUGUACUUCCUCAAGGAUCGCCGGAAGGCCGCCUACGAGGAGAUGACCAGGUUGAUCGAGAAAGCACCGAGCAAUGCGUCGGCGUACGAGAAGCGCUCCGAGUACUGCGAUCGGGACAUGGCGAGAUGCGAUCUCGGGAAGACGACGGAGUUGGAUCCGCUGAGGACCUAUCCGUACAGAUACCGCGCCGCAGGUGAGCUCGAGCUUGUCGGAGGGGGAGCUUCUAGGGUCUCUGGCUCCUCUGGAUCUUCUCACUGGUUUUUCGGUGCCGUGGGUUUUCUAGUUCUUAUGGACGACCGCAAGGAAGAGGAAGCAAUCGCCGAGCUCUCGAGGGCGAUCGCCUUCAGGCCGGAGCUGCAGCUGCUUCACCUCCGGGCGGCGUUCCUCGAGUCCAUAGGGAAGCCGGCCGACGCUGCACGGGACUGUGAGGCGGCGCUUUGCCUCGCCCCCGGUAGCAGAGACACGCUGGAGCUCUACGGCAGGACCCGUGGACGAGCUAAUCAGGAGAAAUGA